AUGACUAUAAUCUAUCGAAGUCCUGGUCGUGGUGAUGAAUAUGAUGGUCUUGAUGAUAAUACCUUUCCAACUGCUCCAUCUCUUGAUAGCGUCCGUCCUGCUAUAGCUAAUAUUUUAUGGAAUGCUUAUGCUAAGGCUUAUCUUACGCUUCAUGGUGUUCGACCACCACUACUAGAAGCUCGACCACUAACUCGAGCACAACGUCGGCGUCAAGCACAACAUCGAUGUGAAAGACAAGCUGCUCGUGUUCAUGGUGGCGCCCCUCCACCUAGCGAUGAUAGUAGUGGUGGUGGUGAUGAUGGCGCCCUUCUACCUAGCGAUGGUAGUGGUAGUAGUGGUGAUGCUAGUUAG